AUGGACUCAUCAACAUUAACCUUCUCGCCAGAACGCUGCGCGGACCUACACAAUCAGCUCCUCGCAAAGGCAACCGAGCACAGCCUAAACAUACAAAUCGAGCAAAAUCUUGCCCCUCGUUUUUUGGACAUAGCGCCUGAAUUCGCUGAAGUCCCCUCCCUGGACGAUAUGCCGUUGUACCGCUUUUUAAGCCUGCUCCAUACCACGCCACCGGCCGUGAAUGGAGUCGUGGAUCUGCUGACUCCGUUCGUGUACCAGCCAGACCCAAGGACGUUCUGGACCGAUCGGGUCGGUCACGAGCCGUAUUUCAUUCUGCUUUAUGGUCAAAAUAAUGGUGGUUCGCCUGUUGACGGCGGAAUCUAUCUUGACAUCCAGUCGUACAAGGCUGUCUGGCAUAGUGGAAACUCCCCUCGUUUUCCACCUCCCGACCAGUGGCUACCACUAGAGGUGAUAUUGCAGAAGUCACUCGAUGCGUGGGCCACGGGCAAGUUUUACUGGGAUGUACAAGAAGCUGCCAUCAAGGUCAGAAGCUGGACGGAUCACGACGUAGAGCAGUCCGUCGCAGCCUUUCAUCGCCUUGUUUCGAGCAUCGAGCUCCGCAUGCCAUUCAAAGGCGAUGAAGCUCAUUCUCACCGCCGCCUAGAGCCUCUGGAUGCCCAAACCUUAGCGCCAUUCAAGAUGAGCGCCUUUGCGACCAAAUUUCUAACUACCGCAAAUCGGCCGGACUUCCCCUUUGUCGCACCCGGAAUCCGCGUGUUCACGCCACACCUCCUUGACGAAAUCUACGGUGCCGAGGCCUCAGAAUCGACGCGCCGGACCCACUGGCUUGGAGACGAAGAAGACUGGCCGACACUGAUUCUGCCCGGCAUCGACUCCGUACCUGACGACGUCGGCCAGAGCACGAACCACGAUAUCAACUCUUUCGACCAGAGUUGGGGGUUCGGCAAGUUUACGGUUAAUCGCCGAAGCGGACUCUACAUAAUGCCCGACAUAGGCAACUCAGACUUAGUGCGUCUCGUUGCCGGCUCCGGGCUCUGUAGCGCUUGCGAGUUCCAAUCUCCGUGUCGAUGGGGUCCGCCCAGAGAACCUCGACUCGCGGAAGUCUUCGACCAUUGGACGGCCCUGGUUGAGAACGGCACGUGGUCGGUUGAUGCAAACGGCGUUUCUACUGACCAUGCUUGGUUUACUGAAUACACGUUUGUGGCUAAGCCACCGCCCGUACUGUAA